GUCAUCCGCACUCACAUUUAUCGCUGGCUUUUUGCCCACUGCGUGCCCUUUAAACUUGUUUUGAAGUUCGGUCGUGUAUCAAACCUCGCUGCUGCAGCAAACCUGCUCGUUGUGUGUCGUCUGAAAAUACCUCCAAAUCAAAAACAGACGAAAGAAACAGAAGGAAAACGCGAGGAACUUGCAAACAACAGCCGCCCUUUUUGACUUUUACGGUGUGGUACAGCCCCUGCGCCUGUUGAGUUGACCUCUGCAACAGCAGCUACAGUAUCACCAGCCGCUUAGAAGAGAUCGAGGGCAAUGGGGGAGUGCAUUCUUGACCAGAUAAUUGGCGUAAUUGUCUUCUUCCGCUUACAGGACUACUUUCUCUGUCUUGUCUGCGGUCUCGCCGCGCUCGGCGUGAGCAAGGUGCGGCCGCACUGCCGUCCGUUCUCAUGGAGCGACCGCACGAUUGACUUCCCAUACGGCGGCACGGGCACUUUCCCGUCGUGGACGCUGCCCAUCAUUUCCGUUGUACCGGGUGUUGCGUACGUCGUAGGGGAAGCGGUUCGUCACCUCUGGUGGGAGAGGUGGCAAGCGGCGCGGUCGCGGGGUGGCGGGAGCGGCGUGUCCUCCCACGAAAUGUCUCAUCUGCGCGCGUCAGAUGUUCGGCGACGCGGUGUAAGACGCGGUGUGGCGGAGGAAGGGCGGUAUCGCAUGGCAAGCGGCAGGAGCAAGGAUAUUGACGAGGAGGAAGACGCACGCGUGGGAUCGCCGCGGCGGGGUCAGCCGCCACCGCCGUUCACCUCCAUUGAGGUCGUUAAGGUCGAGGCAUCAGCGACGGCACGCAACGCGGACCCGUACGCCUACGAAAGAGAGGAAGAGGAAGAGGCCGGUGUCCCACCAGCGCCGAAGGCCGACUCACAGGUCGCUUCUCCUCGCACCGCCACCACCAGUCCCGUCAUGAAGGGUGCUGCGUCGCCGACGCUUACCGGCCGCUUCACGGGCUCCCCUCCUUCUCCCUCUCAUCCUCCUUCUUCCGCCUCGCCGCAGGGCCGUGGAAAUCGUGCCGAGACCACCGCGUAUGGGUCGCACCUCACGAGCAGCAGCAACGACCGCUCGUCCCCGGCUUCUCCUCUGCGUCAACGCAACGGCAACGAGGCGGGCACGCGCUUCGCCGUUCCGCUGACCGCGCCGUGGCAGCGCUUCCUGACUCAUGCGCACAUGUGGGUGCUGACCCAAGCCUUCGCGGUCACCUUUGCGAUGCUGGUGGUGGACGCCGUGAAGGUCUACGCCGGCCGCCUCCGACCUGACUUCCUCUCUCGUCUGCGCCGGGAGGGCUACACGGCGGGGUCGGUGGAGGUGGACUGGUGUGCGGUCGGCAGAGGCGGCCGGGUGUCUUUCCCAUCCGGCCACAGCGCAAUCAGCUUCGCCGCCUUUGUGCCCUUCUCUUUCUACGUGCUGCACACGCUGCGUGUGUUUCAUAGAAGCGGGGCCUCGCUGUGGCGCGUCGUCGUGGGGCUCCUGCCGCAGAUUCUGCCCAUCACCGUGGCGGUGUCCCGCACACGAGAUUACCGGCACAACUUUGAUGAUAUUCUGGCAGGCAGUCUAAUAGGGAUUGCGAGCGCGUUGAUCGCGCUGGGCGCGAACCUGGUGGUGAACGGGAAGACAGGUCAGCUGAUACCGCGCCUGCCAACAAGAGAGUAA